AUGUUGACUCCCAUUCAUUUCGCUGCUCUUACCUGGGCUUUCGUUUUGAUCUCUCGUCGUCUCUGGAAUCUCGCAAGACAGCCAAAACCUGCACAAUCGGGACAACCCGUUUAUUCUGAUGAUAAACCCGUCUCGGAUCCUUACUUAUGCCACCAGCUCAUCCAGGGUAAACUGACUCAAGGCUCCAAACGUAACCGAGUAUCGUUUCUAUCUUCAAAGGCCAUGCCCAACAAAGGGCUGCAGACUGUUUUCGGCAUUAAAAAUGCCUUUACGAGCGAUGACGCUCCAUUAGUCAAGGAAUUUAUCGAUGACGCUAGGCGCCGCAUCAAGCUAAAGCCUGAGGAGUGGUCCGGAUUGACCCCUAUGCUUGUGGAUGUUGCGAGAAACUGUAUAAUUGUUGGCUAUAACACCGAUGGGAUGGAAAACAGGCUGCGGGGGUCAGCACUGUCCUACCAGCCUGGCAUUCCUUCUUCUACUAGGUUCAAUAUCACGAGCCUAGUCCAAGUAGUCACGCUAAGGGCCAUUCUAGCAACAGUGCUAAAGGUUGAGGCAAAAGAUUGCCCUAGUAAUCUGGACAUACUAAAUUUAGCCCGGCAAAUCAACGAAGGCUGGAUUCAGUCUAAAAAUGGCAACAGGCCCGGUAGGGAUGACUCCGUUAUGCUUAAUUUUGAGCAGAACAAGGCAAUCCAGGCCAGCCUUCAAGCAGUAUUCCCCAAUCAGGCUGAGCAUGGACUGAACCCGCUGAAUAUCCUCCUGCCGUCAUUCGAGACCAUGUGGAGAGUUGUCCUACGUGCGCUGUUAGAGCUCAAGUUUCAGACGGGUUGUGAAAACCCGGAGUGGGCGAAAGCCAUGGUAUCAUUCUGUUGGAACGUGACCAAGGAGGAGUUUGAAAGGCGCCCAAGUCUUCGAAUGACAACAUCAACCAAGGUAGUCAUCGGGGGCGAUAGUCGGCCAAGCCAAGAGAAGACGCCAUCGGCAAAAGAUAUUGUCCUGGAAUCUUUGAGAAUGUAUCCACCUACUCGGCGCAUCUACCGGGCGUAUGUGUGGGACGAUUACCCAGCGUCAUGUGAACCUGAGCCAAUAUACAAGGCUGCAGAUAUCGAAGCUUGCCAUUUGAGAACUAAUAUUUGGGGAUCGAAUGCUGUCAACUUUGACCCGGCCCGCUGGAUGACCAUCACCCGUGCGGACCGUGCCCAGACCCACGCAUUCAUGCCCUUUGGCUAUGGCGUAUGCGAAUGCCCUGCGAAGGCAGUUUUUGGACCACGGAUGAUCGGGGUUUUAGUGGGCGCGUUGCUUUCUGCCCUGGAUGAUGAGGAAGGUCAGUGGACGCUGUGUUGUGCUGAUAAUCAUGUCAUGAGCUGUCUUGCCACCAAGGGGAGACUCAGCUUAGAGAGGGAUGCCUUCAACAAGUUGGAGGUGAUGCGCUCCGAGUCUGGUGAGUAA